AUAUUCCCAUCUUACCUGUUCCAAUUACUAUCCUUACCCAAUCUGGAAAGGCUUGAAAUAAGAAGAUGUUACUUUAAAGAGUUGGUAUUCCAAAGUGAAGGAGUUGGUGGUGAGGAAAAGCCUGCAUCUGCAUCGAUGGUGCUCUCUCGGUUAACUGAAUUACGGCUUACUUAUCUUUAUGAAUUGAUGCAUCUAUGGAAGGAAAAGGAAGGAUUCCAAAAUCUAAGGAUUUUACAUGUGGUAGGGUGUCCCAAAUUAAAAAGUUAUUUAGUUACAUCCUCAGUAUGUUUCCAGAAUCUGAUGACUCUUCAAGUUGAAGGAUGUGAUGGGAUCAUAAAAUUAGUUACACAUUCAACAGCCAAAAGCCUAGUGCAGCUCAGAGAAAUGAGGAUAGGUAAUUGUGAAAGGAUAGCAGAAAUAGUAGAAGGCAGCGAUGGGGAUCGCCAUGAAGUGAAGGAUGAAAUCAUUUUCCCCAAACUCAACCUUUUGGAGCUUACUAGACUAUCAAAUCUAGAAAGCUUCUGCUCAUCAGGGAAUCAUACCUUUGGAUUCCCAUCCUUAGCCACAGUGGUUGUGGAAGAUUGCCCAAAGAUGAAGGUGUUCUCUAAGGGAGGGUUAAACACUCCAAUGUUGCACAAAGUACAAAGAUAUUGGGACCGUGAAGCGGAUUUUAUUUGGGAAGGAAGCCUCAAUAGCACCAUACAAAAACUGUUCAAGGAAUGGAAUCGUGUGGAGGAAAUGCAGAAUUCUGUAGAAGAUCAAGGCAUUCCUUCAACUUCUAACACACAAGUAAGUUCUUCAUUUGAAGGUGUUUUCUUCAUCUCAAGUUCAGAAGUGCAAGGGUUCUAAUUCCUAUUUCCUUCACGGCUAGCAUUUCUGUGCCUUGGCAUAGUGAAGUAAACAAUGUAUGUAUUUUGAGACAUCAUUAUUGAUACUUCAUCGUUUGAAAUCAAAUGGUUAUAAGAUUUCUUUAUUAUAAUACAAGGGUU